AUGAAGGAUAUAAAGGACAUUAAAACGUUAAAUGAUAUACUCGUGAAUGAUGGAAAUUAUGAAUCAACAUUAUCAUCACGGUCGUCUUCGUCAUCUUCAAAUACGUACAUUCCGACAUCAAAUCAUUCAUCGACCUCAACUUCAAAUCCAAUUUCAAUUCCACAAGAAGAAGAAACAAUAAAAAUUUCAACAGAAUAUGAACGGGACAUCAUUGAAUUACAUAUACUUAAAUUACAUGAUCCGUCAAUUAUUGACAUGUUGGAAAAACAAUUGUGUAAGGUUAAUGGUAUAGAAAAUGUCGAGAUUGAUUUUGCGACAGGAAAUGCUAUCAUAAAUUAUAAUAAAAAAUUCUUGGGUACGAGAGAUAUACAAGACGUGAUAUCGGAAUGGAAAAGAUCAUUUUAUUAUUCCCUAACAUUUACGAUACCCAUACUCGUUAUUUCAAUGAUAUUACCGAAAUUUGAAUGGGGGUUAAGUAUCAUUAACCUGGAAUUAUUUCAUGGAUUAUUCGUUGGUGAUUUGGUCUCGUUCUUAUCAUGUUUGAUCGUACAAUUUGGAAUCGGAAAGAAAUUUUACAUUGCAACUUUUAAAGAGAUUAGAGAUGGAAACUUUACAAAGAAUUUAUUGAUCGUAAUCGCAACUUCCAUCGCAUUCUUCUUUUCUUGUUAUUCAAUGAUUGAUUCAAUUUUUAAUGAUUUGUCAUCCACACGCCCUUUGAUAAUGUUUGAUACAUCCGCCACCUUAAUAACAUGCGUUGCAUUAGGUAAUUAUUUAGAAAAUGUAGCAAAGAGAAAUAGUUUAGAAUAUGUAACCGGUUUAUUAUCACGUAUACCGAAAUCAACAACGAUCCUUCACUUCAAUGGAGAGAUAACAGGGGAAAAGAUCAUACCUACGGAAUAUUUACAAGUUGGUGAUGUAGCAAAAAUAUCACCAGGGAUGAUAAUUCCGGCCGAUGGAAAGGUCAUCUCUGGAUUAUCCGACGUAAACGAAUCGAUGAUCCUGGGAAAGCCACCCGGACAAACGGUAAGAAAGGUUCGUCGUGGAGAUGAUGUAAUUGGUGGAUGUGUUAAUGGAUCGGGAAAUUUUGAAAUGCAAGUCGUUCGUGUAGGAAAUGAUAGUAUAUUAUCACAAAUCAUUAAAUUUGUCAAAGAUUCACAAGUGACGAAUCGAUCACCAAUCCCGACCUAUGCAUAUAAAUGUUUUAUCCUUGGAAUCAUUACGUUGGGAAUAAUGUUAUUUACUUUAUGGGUGUUCACCAAUUUAGAAAUGUACCUUAAUUUAAGCAUUUCCAUCUUAAUCCUUCCUUGCUUAUCCCUCAUCUCGAUUGAUGUUAGAGUUGGCAGUGACAUUGGAGCUCGAAAUGGUAUUUUAAUUAAAGGGAAACGAGCAUUCACUCAAGGUACUAAAAUAACAAAAGUUAUUUUCAAUAAAACCGGAACAUUGACUCAAGGAAAGUUUGAUCUAGCACAUUAUGAACUCAUGAAUGAAGGUUUAAAGGAAAUCACACCAGAGAUCUUUUUUACAUUGAUCGGAGCCGUAGAAUCAUUAAGCGAACAUCCGAUAGGAAAAUGUAUCGCUGAUUAUAGUAAACAAUUAUUAAAAGGAGAAUGCGAUGAUGAUGUUGAUGUUAGUAAUUUCGAAUAUAUAACCGAAAGAGGAACGGGAAUUAAGUGUGAUGUAUUGCUUAAUACUUUCUCGUAUUUAUCGUUUUAUAACACAUCGAGAUCGUAUAAGGUAUUGAUUGGAAAUAUUGAAUUUAUUUCAAAACUUCAUCGAAUUGAAAUACCUAAAUCCGCUUUAUUAAUUAAAGAAAACCAAGAAUUAUUAGGUAGAACGAUAGUAUUAGUAGCCAUCAAUAAUACAUUUAUAGGAUUGUUGUCUUUAUCAGAUUUGAUUAAUCCUGAAACGAAAUUGACGGUUGGCGCAUUAAAAUUCAUGGGAAUAAAAGUUGCCAUGAUAACGGCCGAUGAAAGAUUGACCACACAAACGAUCGCCUCUCAAUGUGGCAUAGAUGAAAUCUAUUUUCAACUUUCAUCAAAGGAUAAAAUAAAUGUCACUCGAUCGUUACAGUUAACUGAUAAUAUAGCGAUGUGGAAGUUUAAUCGAUGUAGUUGCUUCUUUGGACUUGUCAAAAAAAGUAUUUAG